UAACCACUCUUAACUUUUGCAAUGAUCUUCUUCAAUAAUCAUCUAAAUUUCUGGCGAGAAAAAGAGUAUAUAAGAUCGAGCAACUCACAACCAUUUCAAUAGCUGCUGGUUGUUAUUCAUCUUACGACCAUCUGCUUCAAUAGUUCUCAAGAUCUCCUCUGUCGUUUUUUUGGACCAUCGCAGACUUAUACAACCGGGUAGAAAUGGGUCGUUUCACAGCGGUCGCGCUUCUCCUUGCUCAGCUGAUUGCCAUCUCACUUGCGUGUUCCAGUGGUGGUGGCGGUGGUGGUGGUUCCAACAUCCCCCGCUCUAACUCCGGUCGCCCUUUUGGUGUAGACCUAUCCCGCAACACGGAAAUGUACCCGGACUACAACUCGCGAUAUGGCACCGUUGGUCUCGGGCUUGAACAUCGCCCAAGCUCUAACUUCGACAUUAACGUGAGACCCGGAGUCGCAACAAGCGAUAUUCUCAACGGACAAUUCCGACCACAGGGCGAUGUUGAACUGCAGUACCGGCCGAAUGAUAACACCAGGUUGGGCGUUGGGGUCGGUGUUGGUCCAAAUGGUGACCCACGCGCGAACGUCGGAUUGAACAUUCGCUUCAGGCGCAGCAUCGAAAAUGAGACCGUGCACAAUAUCGACAUCAGCAGGAAACUCUUUGAAGUACUCGACCUCAACGGUGACGACCAGCUUGAUGUUAAAGAAUGGUUCGAUGACGGUGGUAAAGUCAGACCAUUUUCUGACAUGAUCGGUGAUCACGACAAUAACUCUGAUGAGAUGAUCUCGCUUGAAGAGUUCCUCGCCAUUCCUGUCGAUCCUGCUCUCAUCGCGGCCAUCGAUCAUAUGAUGAGGAGCGACCAAGACUGAAA